GUGAGAGCGCUCAUCCAGAGUCCGGGAACCUCGUUUCCUAGGGGAGUGGGGUGGGUGUGCUUUAAAAAGUAAUUACUAUUAACAACUAUUCCCUUUAUUCUCACUGGUCUUUCCCCCUUUGCCCCGCCUACUCUACCCGGGCGGAAACUGUUUCCACGAUGAAAUGAGAGAAAACCCGAGUGAUCCAGUGUCUCCCGUGGUGCGAGUGAGUUGCUGCCGCUGAAAGCAAAGGGUGGGGGAGGGCCUGGGGGGGGCGGAAGGCAGGUGACCCCCGGGCACGGCCUUGAUUUGGGAGAACUGCCCCCUUUGCCUCAGCGACGCCCACGGUCGGGGCCGGGUCCUAAGGAAGGCUCCCUUGGGGUGUGUGGAACUAACUCCCUGGGUGCGCCGGGGCGCUGUCUGAGAGAGGCGCAGGGACUGUUCCAUCGAGUUCUGUGCCCCUUUCUGUUGCCAUCAUGGUGCUCCUGGGCAGCAGCCUUGGCAGCCGCCUGAGGGUGAAAAUGUGGGCUCUGGGAAAUUGGGAAAUAACGCCGCUGUUCUCCUUCCUGGCUCCUUCGGGCAGCAGCUGCCCGACCCCGGUAUACACUGUAGUUGAUUGCAGGGAAACCCUGAACCUCUCUCCGUCCUUCUCGACCGACUUUGCACUGUUCUCUUUGCUCACCACCAACUGUAAUCAAUAACAGCACUGACAACGUAGCAAUAGCGAGACCUGGAGUGACUGAGAACAAGUAGGCGCCGCAGCCAUGGGCCGGGCUGGGUGAGACCCCGUCGGGUAUUUCCGUUUCAUUCACCUUCCCUGUUCUGGGGUUUCUGGGAGGUUUUUUUGGUGGGUUUUUUCUUUUCUUUUCUUUUUUUUCUUUCUUUUUUUUUUUUUUUUUUGGUACUUGGAAAGCAAAGGUCACACUUCCCCCACCCUCUUCCUUCUCAUAAUUCCUUUUCUAAAAAGGGGGGCGAAAUCCGGUUGGAUUUUAAGGGUUGGACUGGUGUCAGCUGUGUUUUAGUGCACACUUAAGUCCUGAUUGUAGGCUUUUUCUUUUCCCAUAAGGCCUUCUUUUGGCAGUUAAGCCAAAUGUAUUUUCAAAGAAAUUAGUUCAAGUAUCUUCUCUGCUUUUUUUCUCCUUCCUUCCUUUUCCCCGUCCCAUUCCAAAUGUUGUCCAAUAUGACUGGGGAGCACCUUUUAUUUGACCCUGUGAUGUGACAGUCUGCUAAUAUCGCCAGAAGGUGCAGUUUUGGGUUACAGUUGUGAUUCUAGCCACUAAGUCAUAUUAGCAGGGGGAAAAAUGACUUGUUUCUGUUGUACUUGAGUCUUAAGAAAAAGUGCCCAUAGUUUAGCGACAAUUUCCAAAGGCUUUAGUACCACCUGCAUUCGAAAAUGGGGGACCCAAACUCCCGGAAGAAACAAGCUCUGAACAGACUACGUGCUCAGCUUAGGAAGAAGAAAGAGUCUCUAGCUGACCAGUUUGACUUCAAGAUGUAUAUCGCCUUUGUAUUCAAGGAGAAGAAGAAGAAGGCAGCACUUUUUGAAGUGUCCGAGGUUAUACCAGUCAUGACCAAUAACUACGAGGAGAGUAUCCUGAGGGGCGUGCGAGACGCCAGCUACUCCUUGGAGAGCUCCGUGGAGCUCCUGCAGAGGGACGUGGUGCAGCUCCACGCCCCGCGGUACCAGUCCAUGAGACGGGACGUGAUCGGCUGCACUCAGGAGAUGGAUUUCAUUCUUUGGCCCCGGAAUGACAUUGAGAAAAUUGUCUGUCUCCUGUUUUCCAGGUGGAAGGAAUCUGAUGAGCCUUUUAGGCCUGUUCAGGCUAAGUUUGAGUUUCAUCACGGUGACUACGAGAAACAGUUUCUGCACGUACUGAGCCGCAAGGACAAGACUGGAAUUGUUGUCAACAAUCCAAACCAGUCCGUGUUUCUCUUCAUUGACAGACAGCACUUGCAGACUCCAAAAAACAAAGCUACAAUCUUCAAGUUGUGCAGCGUCUGCCUCUACCUGCCGCAGGAGCAGCUGACCCACUGGGCGGUGGGCACGGUGGAGGACCACCUCCGCCCGUACAUGCCCGAGUAGCGCGCUGACCAGCAGAGGGCGAUGGGGUGCAGCGGCCGCCUUUUCUUGUUUUCUCACCACUUCAUUCUUUCAGAAUUUAAAGGAAAUGGACUCAUGCACAGAACACUAUGCAUUUUGAAACUUGUUCAUCCUGGAUUUUUUUUAAAAAUCAUUUGUAUCUCAGAACUUUAACACAAUUAGAUGUCUUCUGCACGGACUGUGUGAAAGAAGAUGCUCUGCGUCUUCGCUGCGCUGCGUCAGCAUCUUGAAAAUGUGAAGGAAGGACGGACUCUGCUCACUGAAAUGCGCACUGUGUCUGAGGCGCGGGGCGGCACUCCUCUCUGGGGUCUCCACCUGUGCUGGGUUUGCCUCCGACUUAGUCAUCAGCGUUUAGGGGGCGCGAAGUGAAGGUAACAGGCAUAACUAACAUUUUAAAAACUUGAUAGCUUUGCUAUAAUCACCGUUGCUCCUGAGCACUGUCAGAUUCAUUCUGACGACCAGAAGUGGUUGUUGAAAAAAUGCAACCACGGGAAAGAAAUCUUAAAUGAAAAAAGCAUCUCAUUGUAGGCACCUUGCCUCAUGUUCCACUGGGCCGUUUGCUCCCGAGUACUCACGAGUACACGCAUUUUAUUUCCAGAUCUCUUUCCCCGGGCUGCUGUUAGGAAAGGGCUCGCUGCGCGUGUGGGCGGACCCGCGGCGCAGGUGUGGGCUCUGCGGCAGCAGCGAGCCCGUGGCUGCGGGCACCACGCCGGGUCCGGGGCUUUCCUUUAGGCGGUUGGUUUGUUUGUUUUGUUUCCUGGUUUUAAAGAGAUUUUGAUUACAAAAAAAAUUCCAGUGAAUUGUGCAGAAAUCCUGGUUUCUACACCAUUCUAAAGAAAAACGUAUGAGGGUUUUUUGGAGUAGGAAAAACUAUUAAAGUUGGCAUCUUAAAUUGUAAAAAUCAUUGAGUGUCGGUCACAAAAGCAGAAUUCAUUUUGUGCAAUGAACAUAAGGAAAGACUACUGUAUAGUUUUGUUUUGUCUCCUUUCAGAUGAAGAGCUUUGCGUAGGGUCGCACACUUGAUGGGAGUGACCUGGGCGCGUCUGCUCCUUUCGGGCAGGGCUCCGUGCUCACUGGCCUCCAACUGCAUUAGCUUCCCAUUGGGAUUUGGAAAAAUGAAAACCUAAAUAAAAUAGGUGAAAGUUCCUGACUAUUCAGGUGAAUACACAAAACUCGAGGUGGUAACUUUUUUUCCUGAGUGUCUGGGUAGUUGUCACUAAUGAUCUUAGGGUUAUAGUCCAUGGUUAAACAAUAAAUUCAGAAGAAAAACCUG